AUGAAGUUCUUUGCUCUGUGCGCUUUCCUGCUCCUCGCCCUGGCCGCCGUUCAGGCAGCACCUGGUGGCGGCUUUGGACCAGGUGGUCGUGGCGGCCUUGGACCAGGUGGUGGUGGCGGCUAUGGACCAGGCGGUGGUGGCGGUGCCUCGUCCAUUGCUAAUGCCAAUGCUCAGGCUUCGAGCUCGGGACGUGGACCUUCUUCUGCUAUAGCCAAUGCCAAUGCUGAAGCUAUUUCCCGGGGUGGUGGCGGCGGCGGUCACCGCGGUUAAUUUUGUUGGUGGGCUCAAGGAUCGACCUCAAACAAACCUGGAUAAUCAGCGAAGUCAAGUUGUCAUCAUUAUCGAGAAAAUAUUUGAAUA